UCUUCAUCUUUCGAACCGUCUCAGUUGUCGGUGAGGCCGGCGGGGCGGAUCCCACACAAGAGUGAAAGAGAACAUAAAGCAACACAACAAUAAUAACAACUUGGCCCUUUCUUACAUUUCAUUAACAAGCUCCCCUGUGGAUAUUUAACAACAAGAUGCCCUCAGCAAUGAAUGCAAACAGGACAGUGCAAUCUGCCAGCCCAGAGGUGGGAUCCGCUCCAGGGUCAAUGGGCAAUUUUGCACUCGGUGGUCAGUCCGAAGUCUUGAAGCAAGUGCUGUGUGUCAUUGACAAAAAGGUCCGCAAUAUGGAGAAAAAAAAGAGCAAACUGGAUGAUUAUCAAGUCAGGAAAAAUAAAGGGGAAGGUCUCAACCAGGACCAGCUGGAGGCCCUGUCCAAAUACCAGGAAGUCAUGAACAACUUGGAAUUUGCUCGAGAGCUUCAGAAGACAUUUAUUGCAUUGGGACAAGAUAUUCAGAAAGUGGUGAAGAAGUCUGCACGGCGGGAGCAGCUGCAGCGAGAAGAGGCAGAGCAGAGGAGGCUUAAGACGGUUCUGGAGUUGCAGUUUAUCCUGGAUCGACUGGGUGAUGAGACUGUGCGGCAGGACCUGAAGCAGGGAGUCAGCGGCUCACCACUGCUGACAGAUGAAGACCUUGCAGCUUUCGAUGAGUUCUACAAAUUAGUGGGACCAGAACGUGAUCUGAACAUGAGGUUGAUUGACCAGUAUGAAGAUGCAUCUGUGCAUCUUUGGGACCUACUGGAAGGGAGGGAAAAGGCUGUAGUAGGAACAACAUACAAGGCACUGAAAGAGACUUUGGACCAGGUUCUACUGAGUGGGUACUUUGACCGUGUGCCAUCUCACCAAAAUGGAGUAUGUGAGGAGGAAGAGGAAGAAGAGCCUGCAGCAGCAGUAACUGAAUCAUUAGAAGCAGAAGAGCAGACUGUUGAUCCAGAAAGUGAAGUAAUUGAGGAGUUCACAGAGCCCAUCACAGUAGAAACAACAGAGUUCGUAAACAGACAGUUCAUUCCAGACAGCACUUACAGUGAAAAGGAGCAGGGGGACGAGUGGACCAGGGAAACGGAGACUGUUAGUGCCUUGCAGCAGCAACCUGUGCAGCCUACGGCUCCCCCCGUUGCCCUGGAGACCCACCCCAUGAACUUAACGUCUCCUGUUCCGCCCACUGACCCCUUGGCCCGGAAGCAAGUAGUACAGGACUUAAUGGCACAAAUGCAGGGAACAUACAACUUCAUGCAGGACUCCAUGUUGGAGUUUGACGGACAGCCCAUUGACCCAGCCAUUGUAUCAGCACAGCCUAUGAAACCCACUCAGAACAUGGACGUACCACAGAUAGUUUGUCCUCCAGUUCACCCUGAGUCCCGGUUAUCACAACCCAACUCUGUUCCUGUCCAACCUGAGCCCACGCAAGUCCCCAUCGUUUCUCCAACACCACCCCCUAUGUAUCAGACCUCACACACACCAGACCCUCGACCCCCAACAGAGCCCAUCGACCCCAUCCAGACUUCCAUGUCGUUGUCAUCAGAGCAGCCUCCCCCCUCCACAGCUCUCCCUCCUGCCUCUCAGACGCAGGUUUUCCAGCCUGUUUCCAAAGCUCCUCACAGCAGUGGCAUCAAUGUCAACGCAGCUCCAUUCCAGUCAAUGCAGACAGUGUUCAACCUAAAUGCUCCGGUCCCGCCAGCUAAUGAGACAGAGGCCUUGAACCAGGCCGGCCAGUACCAGAACAGCUACAACCAGGCCUUCAGUAGUCAGUCACAGCAUCCUGUGGAGCAGGCAGAGAUGCAGUCAGAGCAACUACCAUCUGUAGUUGGUGCCUUCCAUUCUCAAGACCAGUCUGGAGGCCAUCAGCAACCUUCCCAGCAGGGCCCAGGCUUUGGCAGGCAGACUCAGUCUUUCUACAACAGCAGAGGCAUGCCUCGUGGUGGACCCCGCAACACCAGGGGCAUGAUCAAUGGCUAUAGAGGCUCUUCGAACGGAUUCAGAGGCGGCUAUGACGGCUAUCGUCCUCCUUUCACCAACACUCCAAACUCUGGAUAUGGACAGACUCAGUUCAACACACCACGGGACUACUCAAAUGGGAAUUAUCAGAGGGACGGUUACCAACAAAACUAUAAGCGUGGAGCUGGCCAGGGACCCAGAGGAGUGUCAAGAGGCAGCACACAAGCUAUGCGAUCUUGAAAUGGCCUUCCAUAAUGACUGUGACUGAAUAAGCUGGUCCACACUGAAAUUUGAAAUCUUAAGAAAGCAUUUGCCCCUACUCACUUUCGCUGUUUUCCUCAUUCUACAUCAGUGGUAUUUUCCUGUCUCUAAUCAAAGUAAUGUCUGCUUUGAUAUGGAAAACAAAUCAUUUAAAGUCUAAAACACAAGGUAAGCUGUAGAUCCAAUCUCUGAUUUACACAAGCGAUGUGUAUCAAUAGUCCUGUAAACUUGAAAGAGUUAAUAAGUUAUUUUUGUUUUAUGAAAAAAAAAAAAAUCACCUGCCACUGCUGGUCCAAAUCACAGGAAUUUAUUUCCCUUCUUCAGUUCUUCUGUCAUUUUGGUUCCAAACAAAGCAUUUUUGUUUAAUAAACGCCCCGUUAUCUUGUUUGUAAAUUGAUGUUGCUUCAAGAGUUUCAAUAAAGUUGUGUUGAAUA